AUGACUGGCCGAAAUCGAAAUCAACAUGUCGAAAAAUUUCAUUGGCAUCUGUGGCUAUUAUUUGCCAUUGAAAAUUGGAUACUCGAUUUUGGUCGUCCAAUUGCAAUGUUAAUAUUUCCUCUUGAAUGGUUUCCAUUGAAUUUACCAAGUGUAGGCGAUUAUUUUCAUAUGAUAUAUAAUGUAGUAACACCAUUUAUAUUGCAAAGUUUAAUUUUGAAAAGUCCGAAAAAAGUUAAUCAAAGUUUAUUUACAAUUCUAAUGACUAUAUUUGUUAUGGGUGCAAGUAUACAUUUAGUUGGAGAUUCAAUUAACCAUCGUUUAGUACUUAAUGGUUAUCAAUUACAUUUAAGUGUACGUGAAAAUCCUAUUAUGCAAAAACUUGAUCCACCAAGUUUAAUAGAUUCAUUUGAAUUACUCUAUUUUUAUGAUGAAGAAUUAGGUCAUUAUAUGUGGUAUUUACCAUAUUUUAUGUGUUUUCUAAUGUUCUUCAAUAGUACAUUUGUUUCCGUGCAAUCUGAAAAAGUCAAAUCGUCAGGAUUUUGGUUUUUAGCUUUAUUAAAUUCGACGUAUUAUUGGUAUUUGGUUACAGAAGGACAAAUAACACCAUUGUUUAUUGUAACAACCCUUCUUAUGACAAUAAUCUGGUUAUAUCAACGAUUUAUUAAAAAAAAUCAUUUGGAUGUAAAUGGACGAUUUCUUCUUUAUACAUUCCAUAUGACAAUUCUAUUAGUUGCUGGUUGGACAAGUCUCUUUUGGACUGAUGAAGUAUUAAGAACAAAAUAUGCAUCAAGUUUAAUUUAUGUACCAGAACCGUGGUCGGUUUAUUCAUUAUAUGGGAAAAGAUUUUUUUAA